GCCGUGAGAAGCCUCGCCCAGUUUGCUCCUGUGUCCUUUAGGUUCCCGUAAACUCGGCUUCUUCUGGAAAAAAACAGAAACAAAACACAUUUAGUAGGGAGUCAUGUUCCCCACAUUCCUUUUUGCAUGUUUGCUCUGUGUUUCCUUUGCUAUAGAAUAUGAAGAGUUGUGCUACGGUCGAUCGUAUCGCUUCCCCUUCCAGUAUUCACCGCCUAUAUUCACUGGGAAGAUAUACUUCACUCCAAGAAACAGGGGAAGCAGAAGGCUCGUGUUUGACAAUGGCGAGGCAAAGCACCCACGCCUCAAGGUUACCGCUACUUCCCUUUCUAUGCGAGACCUGAGAGAACAAGAUGAAGGAACUUUCUCAGUCCCAUUUGGUAGUAUCUUCUACGAUUUUGCCUCACUGAAAAUUUUAGAAUGCGCUGAAGAUGCACAAAGGUAUUACAAUGGUUUGUAUCGCAUCAAUCUUCCAUAUAAUGUGGAUAUUCUGGAAUUCACUCCGAUGGGCAAGCCGGACCAAACAAGGAUCCUGUGGAACCGCACCAGUACUCAGACCAGUACGGCAGGCAGGGGCCAGCUGAAGAAAAAUUCUUGGGAGGUUUCAGAGGUCAGACCGAAGGAUAAUGGCUACUACAACUUGAGGGAAAAGAGUCAAACUUUGGUCUCCAGGAAAAAGCUCACAGUUAAAGAGUAUACAGAAAACUACAAACCGAAGGAGGGCACGACUUUCUUUCUCCCAUACCCUAAUAACAUCGUUCCGUGGCACAUCACCUUCUCUCCGAGUGGGCCUGGGGGUCCCAUAAAACUAAUGGCUUCUGGAAAAUUGAAAGAAGACAUUAACUACGACGACAGGUUACAUUUUGGCGACCGACUCUACCCAGAAAAUACCGGCCUUGAAAUCGCUCCUGUGGAAAGCAAAGAUUCUGGUGUCUUUGAGUUCCGAGACGAAGAUCACCAACUGAUGUUUGUGGCCAAUGUGGAAGUGGAAGAAGCUCACAUGCCUGCAUAUGUUUAUGUCAUCUUUUUUGUGGCCGUCAUUGCGGCAGUGGCUAUGUGCUGCUGCUGCAUAAGAAGGUGCUGCUGUAAAAAAGGUGCUUCCAAAACAAACGUUCCUCAAACAACAGCAACAGCAGUGGCAACACCUGCUGUGUAUUACCACGGCCCAACUCAACCUGCAGCAACAGGUUACUCUGCGACGCCACCUGUUGCAGCUUACUCAUAUCAGGCUGUUACUCCUGCCAGAGCAGCAACGCCUCCACCUGCUGUAGUGCCCCCCUAUCAGCCCUACAAUCCAGUCAGCGCAAGAGAACCUGCGCCUGAUUCCUCCGGCCCACCUGUGUACAACAUGGUAGUCAUCCAUCCGAGUCCAACGCAGCCCGAGGCUGCUGUUUUAGGUGGGCACGACUCCGUUCCAGCCACGACCCUUGGAUUCUCAUCUGACCCAGGGCCCAGGUUUGAGCUCAAAGGGAUGAACAUUCCCUCCGCCCUCAGCUCAGACACCACAGUCUCUAACGUUUACACCUCAGACAAACUCAACUUCAUGUGAGGGGAACGCAGACACUGAGAGAGCAGACACCAAGCGCAGAUCAUGAGGAGCAUGUUGGGUAAAGGAGGUGUCACACAAUGCCGGGUGUACCUUAAAAGUGUGCAUGUGUGGCCCUCUUUCUGCAUGAACACACGUACAUGCAGUGGCAUCAGUAUUUGUUGUUUUUGUCAUACAUUUGUCAGCAUUUAAUGCACACACAGUGAGGGAAAGAUGUCAUUAUGUACAGUGGCGUUUUUAUAGUGCAGUAUAUGGAAAAAUGUAAAUGUUACUUAUGUGGAGUGGCAUAGCAUAGAAGGGUUUAUUCAGCUACUUCAUCCAAGUUCUUGCAAGGUCUUCCACUGUGAAGUCAUCCAAGCAGGCCUUUAUGGACCUUGCUUUGUGCGCUUGGCCUUCCACAGACUUGGAAGCAUACAAUUGUCCAAAAGGUCUUGCUGUGGUGAAGAAUUAAGAUUCAGGAAGAGCAGUGCAAUAGUAAUUUGAUUUUCAGAGUUCUGCGCCUUCUGUGCCUUCCUCUACUUUGGGUUUCUUUUUGUCAUGGCUGUAGUCUGCUGUGACAAUUUGUAUUUUUUUUUUUAGCCUUUGUCAGUAUUAACAGACUCGUUUUACAUGUAAUGCAACAAGCCACUAAAGUGCAGAGUCCUUACGGGUCCAGAUUUUAUCAUCCAGAACCGCCCCACCCAUCAAUAAUCGGGGGGAUGGACUGCGUAAAAGUUAUGGUUCGCCUGAAAGUGCAUCCGCGGAUUAUCUUCCUUCGAAGUAGUGUUCAAACACGGUAAAUACAUAUUUUGUAGUCCAUUCACUGUUAAAAGUCCAACUUUCAGUGUCGACAGUUCUUUUUUUUUAAUGAGUCGAUAGCGCCAUAUUUGUAUAUGAUCCGCCGCCUUCUACCGCUGCUUCAUUGUCACGCUUACGCCUCGCUGCUGCACCCUGCAGAGCAGAUGAGGUACUGCAUGAAUGAGCACUUCUCUAGUUGGACCGAAUGGUUAGUGGCGGAGCUGUGGGGUGGCUACCCUUGUUCACUCUCCGGCCAUGCAAGUGGCCACCCCCACAGCUGGGGGACAACUUUGACAAACGCGGCGCUGUGGUGCAGAACAUUAGUUCAGCCUAACCGCUGUUUCCGUUCGGACGCAUUUCACUUCAGCACACAACUUUGCGUGUGGAGGAGCUGUCAAUAAAACCGCGUCUUGCAUGAACUGCAAGCGGUAGGUAUGUUUUCCAUGAUUACUUUGGUCGGUUCCAGUCAGGUUUUCUCGCUAUUGACUUUGAUUUAAAUUCUGAAGCGUGAUUCAGCACAUAAAUCAGUUAAUAUUGGAAGCUCUCUGUAGCAGAAUGAGUAGGCAUGUAAACCAAGGAGUCGAGAGUAAAAAAAGGAGUGCCGAUCGGCAACCACGUCCAUAUUUUACCCUGUGCAUGUUUGGCCGCCAUGAUGGUGAGCAGAAUCCAGAAACUAUGCGUUGAAAACAUGUCCUUGGAACACCGCCCAGUUAUUAAUUGCUCUAAUAGACGGUCCAAAAGCAGUGGUGGAGCUACGGGGUGGCCAUCCCUGGUCACUCUCCGGCCACCCCACUGGCCAUCUAGACAAUUCAGGUGUCAACUUAUUGCCACCCCUAUGUGAGUAAUGGUCUCACCUUGGCCACCACAACGAAAAAUUCCUGGCUCCGCCACUGGACUUAAGUGAUGUUUAGCGGGAUAAUGAAAAGCUUUGGCGAACCGCUGAUUUAGGGGCAAGACAGAGGAAGGAACAGGAAGUUACUCCAAAAACAUCGCUAUAAAAAUCUUUAGCUAAUUACACAAUCGAAUCACUGUUCUGUAAUAAAUAUCUGCCCACUGUAGGAACGCCACUGAUCAUGUGCAUAAAAUCCCACAACGUAGUGUGGUUACAUGUGUUAGCCACUAGGGGGCUUCAUGGUCAUACAGUAGUUGAGUGUAAUCAGCUAAACGUGCGUCUGUUUUAUUAUGCACUUGUGAAAUAGCUAUAGAUGAUAGAGACGGCAUAAACACGUGUUGCUGGUGUUUGAAUGUAUAAUGUUGACUUUUCUGCGGCCUCAGGUAACAUCUACGGGACAAAACUUGGCUUUGGUUUUAACCGUGCCUUUUGCAGAAUUUCGUGAUAUGUCUGUGUAGUCUGUUUCUUUUUGAAAAUUAUGCAUGGUGUUUUUCUUUCAUUUUUUAUAUGAGCUAUACAAAAUCAUGUUUGCUGUUACUGAUACAUUUCAUACACUUGUAAACUAUUUUAAUGCUCAUUUUGUGGUUUCUAGAAAUGAAUCAUUAUGGAACAAACCUGUUACAAUUUUUUCUAAGCUCAGGACCAAUGUUUUUUCCCACCAAAUCAACACAACUGGUGCCUAUUUGUACAUCAGACUUAGUGAACAGCUUUUAUAUUUCAUUCAUUAUGAGUUUGUCUGGUCUUGUCUUUAGUUUAAAGCCUUAUGAACAGGAACAAAAUCCAGAUACCCUAAAUUGAGGGUAAACCUACUACCUCAUGUUUGGAAGCCAUUUUUUUUAAUCAACACAUCCAAAACAGAGUCCUGGCCUCAUCUUGUAAAACAAGUUUUGCAGUUGUAUGUUCUGCCUCUUUGAAUUCCACUUGAUUGCUCUACUGUGGUGCCGUAAAAUGGGCUGUGAUCACUCACGUUGAUCAGCUUGUGUUUUCAUUUGCUUGCAUUCUAUGGCAACUAACACGUUUGGUAUGCAAAAAAAUGUAUAACGUAUCUAACAAAUUGUGCAUAAAAGCUCUUAACACCCAACUGUGUUGCUGGCUUUCUCUUAUUUACAUACAAAAUACAUACAAAAAUUAGCCGCGGACUGAAAAUGGUCGUUCCAUAAUGCGAUCAUUGCUUGUGUUGGGUGUUAAACUUCACAAAGCUAUCCCGGCAUUACGGAAAAGUUUUUACAGGCAGUGUGAAAAGGGUAAUAAGAGCUGUAACAGAGGCAGGAUGGCGCCUGUGUAAUACAAG